AUGGUUCGUGAAAACGACCCAAGAGAUACUCUAAUAAGCCAAGAACUGCAAUUCGUCACUGAGAUUGUAAGUUGUGUUUUUCUAGGCGGAAGUUUGUCCGUCUUUGGUAUAAUAUCCAACAUCAUCAACAUGGUUGUGUUCUACAAGCAAGGACUUAAAACUACAACAAACAUCAGCCUGUUUGCUUUGUCAUUAUCUGACCUACUAAUUCUGGUAACGUUAUUUGAUAAUACCAUCUGGAUGAACCCGUUGGUGGAGUUCUCGGAUACACCAGUCAACACCAGGGAGGUCCAGUACCUCAUCACUGGCUGGCCCAACGUCUGCUUCACCAGGAUCACGUGCCUCAUCAUGGCCUUCAUCACCGCUGAAAGAUACGUCUGCAUAGCUUUUCCUCUUAAAGUAAAACAGAUCAUUACCCCGAGAGUAACAACAAUUACCAUUUGCAUCAUCUUCGUCGCCUCGAUAAUCAUGGUACUGCCCAGCUACUCCACCGUCUACUACGAUUGGAAAUUUUAUCCGCGCAGCAACGUAACAAAAAUUGGGAUUCAUGUGACCAACGACGGCAGUGUGGACAAAUAUUCGUUCCUCAUCAACGCUUUUUUAGGCCUGAUAUCUUUACUGCUCGUCAUAUUUUUCACAGCUUUAAUUAUCUGGAAGCUCCAGCAGAAAUCUCAGUGGCGAAAACAGAACACCAGAGAAGCGAAUGAUUCUACAUCAAGUCGAGACACUAAAGCUAUUAAACUGUCCCUGAUGAUUUCUAUCAUUUUAAUUAACUACGUCUAG